ACCAUACUACAUUUCAAAACGCACUCCCACUCCGGUAAAAGGGUGAGUGAACCGCCUCAUUGUUAUUUAUUGCAUUUGCCUCUAAUAAUACAUUAAUUAGCCGUUUUACGGACACAGCGAGUGCAAUAACAUAGGUCGCGAGAGCCAUGCCGAUGUGAGUAAUUUAAAAGGUGUGGCACGACAAGGGGCGUAGUUUCUCGUCUAGUGACAUUAGUGGUGUGAAAAUAUUCUUCCUAACUCGUCGCAAGAUGACCGAGUACAAAUUGGUGGUGGUAGGCGCGGGAGGCGUCGGUAAAUCCGCAUUGACUAUACAGCUGAUACAAAAUCAUUUUGUGGACGAAUACGAUCCUACGAUCGAGGAUUCGUAUCGGAAGCAAGUUGUUAUCGAUGGUGAGACGUGUUUGUUAGACAUCCUCGACACGGCGGGGCAGGAAGAGUACUCUGCCAUGAGGGACCAGUACAUGCGGACGGGGGAAGGCUUCCUGCUGGUGUUCGCAGUGAACAGUGCUAAAAGUUUCGAGGACAUUGGCUCCUACCGGGAGCAAAUCAAGCGGGUGAAGGACGCGGAGGAAGUGCCCAUGGUGCUGGUGGGGAACAAAUGUGACCUGCAGGCCUGGGCAGUGGACAUGGCGCAGGCGCGAGAGGUGGCGCGAAGUUACGGUGUUCCCUUCGUCGAGACGUCAGCCAAGACCCGCAUGGGAGUCGAUGACGCAUUCUACACACUUGUUCGAGAAAUCCGCAAGGACAAAGCGAGUCGAGUAAAAGGAAUAGGAGAGGACGAACCAUAGGCCCCGGACGAAAGUUUAGGUGCACCUUUCUCUAAUUCGAUAAAUAAUUUAGUACUAAUAUUUGUGGAUAUUAUCUGACGGUUGACGGUGAACGUGUAAGUCAAUUUUAUUGUCGACAAACUACCCUUUAGUUAAUGAUCGAUUAUUUCAAAGGUAAUCGAUUAACAAUCGAUUAACCUUUCUUAGGCUAGACUACAAAUUACACAAAAUAGUUUUUGUUUACAAUAAUAUUGACUUCGUACCAGUGGGGUAGAUCGACUACACAGCUCAUGAACGUGAAAAUUGAAUCUUAUAACCCACGUUUUAAGGUUCCAUUUUGGCUUUCCAUAGUGUAGCUAACUUUAGGAGAAUCGCUAAAGGAAUGAAGUAAAUACUUAUUAGCCUUAAUAUAAAUUUAUAUUACGAAAACUUCAGAUCAGCAGUUAAAUCUAUUUGUGGCCCAUCCUGAAUCUAUUUACUAAUCAGCCAUAUAUGCAAACCAUACAUUAUACAAAUAUAUAAGUGAUAUAGAAUAAAAAACUAUAUGCAACCAGUCAAACAUGAUUUAUAAACAUUUGAUGCAAAUCAAUUUAGAUACUUAUGCGCUUUUCGACUAAUUUUUACCAUUUAUAUAAAAACAUUCUACAUAACAUGUAAUCCUUGUAUAAUAUUAUUUGUAAUUAGCUAAUCUCUGUGAGAAAUAUCCAUAAAUAUUAAAUAAUAUAAUGUAGUAAUGAGGCAGUUCUAAAAUCUUUGGCGUUCUUCUGGGGCUGAGUAAAAAUAAUAUGAAAAAAAAGAACCUUUUUGUACAGUGAAAUAUUUCAGAAGUUAUGUACUUUGUGCUUAUUUUGUAUGAGAUACUUCAAGCUUGAAUGUGUGGACAUGAGUGUAUCUUUGUGAGGGUACCUGAAGAUACAAGUUCAUUGUUCAGUGUUCUACUCAUACCGAAAUAAUAAGAAGAUUCUCGUUGAUCGAGUAUUGGUAAUCGCUUUUAAGGGCUUAGUACAAAUUUGUUUUACAUUUAAAGUAAACGAAACAAGACCGCGUUCGGCGCAUUGAUUAGCCGGCACCAAAGCACCAACCAAUGAGAGCGCCGAACGCGAUCUCGUUAAUAGAACAAACUUGUACUAAGGCCUUUGCUGACCAAGUGGUCUGAAAUUAAAGAAAACUAUUAGACAAAUUAUAUUAUAUAUUAACACAUGAGUAGAACCGUAAACAAUGAACUAAUUUAAACUUGUCUCAAUAAAGUUAGUAUGAUUAUAAGCUGAAGCUAAAGUUUAUUCUAUGAAUUAGAAUACACCUCUCAUUGAAGAUAUCUACUAAGUUAGCGGGGUUUAUCAUUACCGCCCCUCUAACCAUAGACUUCAGUCUUGACUGACGGAGGAUAGACAAGAUUCUAAUUAUUUAUUUUUAAGUAUUAAUCCCAAAUUAGAGAAUUAAGAAUAAUUGUUUGAGGCGAGAAAAGCUGUAUGAUAAGUUUCCAAUCAUGAGGGUGAUCUUUUACUAAGCUUUUUGAGCACUUUCUAUCCUUUUAUUCUAUUUAAUGUUAUAUCUGAAUUUUUCUAUAAUACUCAACUUACAAGUUCUGGCAUUCAGUUCUCAAGGUGCUAUUUGGAACAUAGUAUGCUUGCAGAGGCCGUAUAUGUAAAGAAAUGUAAGUGUGUAUCUAUAUCAUACUGCUUUAUACAUAAACUACAGCUGUACUUACUGCCUAAGUCUUACGUACUGUAUUUCUUAACCUCCAGAAUAUUCCAUUAAAAUGCAUAUUUUUAAUGACGUCAGAAAAUGAGAGGAGGGCUGGAAUUACGUCAUAAUGGUUGUGCAUUAUACAAGUACAAGUUUAGAUUGGUUAUAGACAAUUUGUUUAGUACAAAUAGUGCACAAUUGUUUAUUUACACUUACGGUUUCUUAUUUCAUUUUUAUUGGGGCGUAGAAUUCAAACGAGAAGUAUAAUAAUUGUGACAAUUGCACCGCGGGCUCAGUCCUACAUCAUAUCAUUACUACAGUAAGCAUUUGUUACAUUUUGUGCCCUCUUUAUAAGGUCCUUUCUUAGUUGUUUUCUUACUGUUAUGUCUAACUCUUUCAUUUAAUAUUUGGCUAAGCUCAUCAUGAGGAGUCAUAAUCUAGAGUCCAGUGAUCUAUGCCUUAAUAUCUACAAUAUUAUACAUGAUAUCAAUUAAAAAUCUGUGGAAUGCUACUAGGUGUAGUUCCUAAGAAAGAGUAGGAACUAAUUUGUGGUAGUCUACUAGUUUAUAUUCUUGUUAAUGGUUAUCUAAUUGAUUCUUCAACUCGUGUAGAUCGUGCCCUCCUCUCCUCCGUAACCCGAAUGACUAGCAAUAAUAUCAUUAUACAAUCGUUAUUGUAGCAUAAUAUUAGGAGCAUUGUUGAAUGUUUUCUACUUUAGCUAGAAGCAAUUUUGCAAGCUAUGUUGAAGUUUAUACUACUUUAUGACUUACGCUUGUAUUUUUUGGUAAAAUAAUUAAACGUAAAUAGGAUUUGUAGUACCUAUUUCCUUUGCCGUAACAGUUCGUCGAAAUAAUUGGCAACAUUAUUUUUUGGCAAAGGACGUAUCGUACAAAUCCUAUUUAGUUACGCUUAAAAUUGCUCAUAAAUUGCCCUCUAUGAACUUCUUAGGGAAUUCGGUUGUUUUAUCCAAUUCUAAUAUUGCGUGUUAUACAUAAGUAAUCAUGCAAAAUGUUUUACAGUGUUUAUAUUUUACUCAGCAUGUACAAUGAAUUAUUCAAACGAAUUUUAUCAGAUAUCAACAAUCAUACUUUUAAUAUUUUGACAGCGUUUUUAUUUAGGAUUUUAAGUUAAUAUUACAAUUUUUAGUUAUAAUAUAGUUAUAGUAUAAAAAUACACCAGGUACUUCCUAUGUUUUGUUUUUUGACGGAUUGUAUUGUCAGUAUAAAAUAUUCUUGUUAGACCUAAUCACUUAUUAGCGUUCAAAUCUUAUUUUUAGCCCAAAUACACCGCUCUGAAGGCAGGCUUUUGAGUGCAUGAACUAGACGUAAAUAGACACGGUCGAUAAUGAGCUAAAACCACGGCAAUGUACUUGUAGCCUACUUCAGAGGGGUUGUUAUUUGACUUGUGCGAGUUACACGUGCAGCAAAUGAAUUUUAUGCAUGUUACCGAAGGCCCGUUAAUAACACUGACAACAGCGAUAAAAACAAAAAAUGCAUACAAAAAACUUUACCAGAGUCAAUGUUAGUUACGUGCAGUCAGUACCAUUUAUCCUUUCAUUAGGUGCCAAAAUAAAAGUACUUGGUAUAUUUUUAUGAAUUAUGUAAUUUAAGUUCGAACGAAAAAUCCAAGCUGCCAUGAAAAUCGUCAUCAGCCAGAAUAAUUUUUGCCAUGAAUUAUAUAUACCUACACCCAUUUCGUAGCCAUAAUUUUGUAUUUAACGAAAAUAUUUUUUAAAGCUUUGCAAUAAACAUUUACAAUAUAAAAAUCUAUGUAAAGCUGUAUAUGAAUAUUAAGUAGCUGGUGAGCGUUGUUCAAAUGAUUACUUUUUUCUUAAGUAGUUUUAAUUUUGUCCUGAAAAAGAAUUAUAAUAUUUGAGACAACGCUCACAAGCGAGGGCGUAUAGUAUGUAAUAUUUUUUAUUAUAUUAAAUAUAAAUUUCAAAGCUAGUGCACAAUUUUGUUGGAAAUAGUUGAUAUUUUAUAACUAAUUAAUUCUGUAACAAUAUAGCACAAGACUGUGUGCUAAUUGAAAUAAAUAAAAUUGACGAGGUAAA